GCUCUGAGAAGUCUAAUUAAGCAUUAUGAAGACUACAGCGACAACCCUGUUUACUUUGGCACUUGCCACUGUCACCAUAGGUGUCCCACUUGCUACUAAUCCUUACGCCCCAGUAACAGGACAGUGCGAGGCAAAUGCCGAAUCUGCAGUCACCACGGUGAACAUUACAGACCUGCUCGAACAGGAGUCAGAGUGGCUGGUCGGUAGAAAAAAUGUUACAGACACAGCUUGGGAGGCAUACAUUACAAAUCUGGGAUUAGUUGAUCUGGAUACUGCUGCUGUAGCAGGAGGUGCACCACGAAUUGCGCUUGCCGCCUCGGGUGGAGGACUUCGCGCAAUGCUUUCUGGAGCUGGAGUUUUUACUGCGUUUGAUGCUCAGGUUCCUGCCAGCAUUGAGACCAAAACCGGCGGCAUUCUUCAAAUGUCCACUUACAUGGGCGGUCUUAGCGGCGGUAGCUGGCUAGUGUCAUCAUUACUUGCUAAUGAGAUGCCCCCGGUAAAUGAAUGGGCUAAGACAUAUAUAAAUAUAAAUACCACAGUAUUUUAUCCGGGAACGAAUGACAUAGAGGCAGUCGCAAACUACAAAAGAUUUUUCACUCAGAUAAACGCAAAGGAAGCUGCGGGAUUCGAUACCAAUCUUGUUGACCUUUGGGCGAAGGGUAUGGCGUACCAGAUACUCAACAAAAUACCAAGUUAUGGCAAUGACAUGUUGUUGUCUGACUUUCAGACAGAGGGCCCAUUUUCAAGUUUUGAAGCACCUUUUCCUAUUCUAGUUGCUGCAUCUUUCCGACCGGGCAACAGCGCCUUCGAUUAUGGAGAUGUAUUCGAUUGGAAUCCGUACCACGCUGGUUCUUACUCUCCGAAUAUCAGCGCAUUCAUUGAGCUCUCUAUUGUGGGCACAAGCUACAACAACGAAGAAUUGGCAAGCAACGAUGGUUGCGUGACCCGGUUCGAUAAUCUCCAAUACACAUUCGCAACAUCAUCGGCAGCUUUCGCGCUUCCCGAUUUAUCAAGAACUAAAACCGCUGUCAUCAAUCAGGUGUUGCCUGAUAUUUUGAAUCUUACCGUAACCCCCGAGGGUGCUGAGAACUUCACUGUGACCAGAAUGCCAAGCUUUAUCACUGACAUGGAAGGUCCUAAACCGUACUUCUCCGAACUGCCCGAUUUCUAUCUGGGAGAUGGUGGUCUAGCUUCAUCAGGUAACCUUCCCCUGUUCUCAUUAUUGGUACCAGCUCGUGGUGUCGAUGUGGCUUUUGCUUUAGACAACAGUAAUGAUAAUGGCGGGUAUCCUAACGGAAACGCACUACUCAAUAGCCAGUUGUACAGUCAGAAAGCCGGAGUUCCUUUCCCGGAAAUUCCCACUGAAGCUGAAUUCACAUCUGAUACCAGCCUUGUAAAACAGGUGUCCUUUUUCGGCUGCGACGAACCCGAAGUGCCUACUAUUGUAUACGUGCCUAACCACGAAGUUGUGUAUCCUACAAACACUAGUACGUUCCAAUUCAAUUACACCGAGACCGAAAUUGACGGUUUCCUGGCAAAUGGACCGGCGAUGAUGUCGGCCGAUCCCGGAUUUGAAGACCUGCCCACGUGUAUCGGUUGCCUUUUGACUUCGUUUGCUGGUCACACAUCUGUACAGUGCGACGAUUGCCUGACUAAGUACUGCUGGAGGGGCGCACAAGCCUAGAAAUCCUGAAUAUACAUGCAUAUACCAUAACCAUAUUUCAUUUGUUAUAAUUAAAAACUAAAUAUUUGCACUA